CUCCAGUUAUUCAAGACAUUUUAGUUUCCUUGUGAAAUUUUCGAUAAAGUUUUUCGAAACAAAUAGAGUUGUGUCUAAUCUGCACACUUGAAAUGUGGAGCGUCGAACGAUUGUUAUAUAUCUGAAAAGAAGGUUUGUUUAUUUUUCUGCUUAGUAACAUUAUUUUUUGUUGCUUAAUCCGUCAAAACGCUUCCUUAAGUGGAUUUUAAACUCUGGUGGUAAAUUAUUAUGUAAAUAAUUGUUUAUUUAUCGCGUUGAGGACGUCAAACCCUGUUAAAAUCAUACAGACCUGUAAUUAGUUAUUGAACUGUGCGGUUAUAGUGGUUAUUGACCUUAGUCUGACGCUCGCAAAAGCCCUUUCCAACUAUUACUGAGAGCAUAACCUUGAACACCAGUCAGAAUGAACCGACGGAACAAAGGCCCCGGCCUGAAAAUCCAAAUGGAUAUGGCAACAAAUUCCAACCCAGUAACGCCUCCAAGAAAUUUGGAUAAAACUGCUACCAUAACGAUUGGUAGCAAUACUUUUGUGGUUGAGGCAGACAAUCUAGUAAAAAUAUGUGAUCUUGGACGUGGUGCGUACGGAAUUGUCGAAAAGAUGUGCCACAAGCAAACAAACACGAUUAUGGCUGUUAAAAGAAUAACAGCAACUGGACAGACACAGGAACAGAAACGGUUGCUUAUGGAUUUGGAUAUUUCGAUGCGCGCAAGUGACUGCCAGUAUACCGUCCACUUCUACGGGGCAUUGUUCCGCGAGGGCGAUGUAUGGAUAUGCAUGGAAGUGAUGGAUACGAGUAUAGACAAGUUCUACCCCAUCGUGUUCAAGAACGGUCGGAAAAUGCCCGAGGACAUCCUCGGAAAGAUUGCAGUCGCAGUUGUUAAUGCACUCAAUUAUCUCUACACUAAGCUGCGCGUUAUCCACAGAGAUGUGAAACCGUCCAACAUACUGAUCAAUAGGCAAGGAGACGUAAAAAUGUGUGACUUUGGAAUUUCAGGAUAUCUGGUAGAUUCAGUAGCCAAAACUAUCGAUGCCGGUUGCAAGCCAUACAUGGCUCCCGAAAGGAUAGAUCCCCAAGGUAACCCCGGAGAGUACAACAUCAAAUCAGACGUUUGGUCGUUGGGAAUCAGCAUGAUUGAAAUGGCUACCGGUACAUUCCCCUACAACACGUGGGGAUCUCCUUUCGAGCAGUUGAAGCAGGUUGUCAAAGAUGAACCGCCUCGGCUAAGAUCCGAUGAUUUUACUGAAGUAUUCAAGAACUUUACCAUCGCAUGCCUGCAGAAAGACUUCCAGAACCGAUAUAACUACGAACAGUUGCUAAAUCAUCCCUUCAUUCAGGAGCACACGGAAAAAUCGACAGACGUUGCGGCGUUCGUUAGCGAAAUUUUAGAUUUGGGUGCCACGGCCUGAUCUGAAAGGUCCUAGUGAUAAAUCAAUAUACACAUAGUUAGGGUUUUAAAUAAGUUAAGAAUCGCGCCUAAAAAACAAAUUACAACACCCUGUAAUGUCCUGAUCCUGAAUGAAUUAUUGCUAAAUCUACUGAUCCGCAACUAAUAAGCCAUAUAUUUUCCGUUUUCCUUCAAACCGGUUUUUCUAAAAUGAUUCGAAAGUUAAUACAUAUUUUUGUUUUAAGCGGACAUGAUUUUAUUUUGCUUUUAUGUUUUAAUUGAAGUCAAUUGGAAGUAUUUCGUACAAAUUGGUCAAUCCGACUGCAAACGACAAUUACUACUUCGUUCUUAGGUACUGUUAAGGAAACAAUUGUUUAAUCACUCGAUCAAAUUAAAAUAGAGGUAACGACCUUUCAGAA